AUUACAUCAGAUCUCGAAUUGUUGCAGUUGGCUCGACUUCCUCACGAAUAAUGGGUAGUUUUCGAGGACAUGCCCUCCCGGGAUCCUUCUACAUUGUUACAUCACUAUGGUGGUUGGCCAACGUCUACAGAAUUCACAGUAAGCAUUUAACUGGUGCUGCUAUUCCAUUUAAGCCGUGUACAUGGUUUCCAAUCCCUGUUAAGUGGCUUCGUGACCAUCCCAUCGAGCCAGCCAUUAGGAUUUUCAUCCUCACAGUCGGGAUAUUUUUAGAGCUCGUUCCCGAGAAUUCUUGGGUACUUGUAGGUAACGGUGACGAGUUCGUGGAAAAGCAUCUGAAUAAUUACGCACAUGCUGCCAUGUAUGCUGUGUUCAUGAUUUGGUCUGUUGUUGAAACUCUGCAGUUUUACAAGAUUACCCAGUUGCCCACCUGCUCUGAACAUGUGUUUGGCUCCAUUGCCCUCUUUGUUGAAGGAAUGCUCUUCUUCUUCCAUUUGGAAGGACGUCCAAAGUUGGAUCAACUGCUUCAUUCUAUUUUGUAUAUAAUCGUUUUCAUGUCUGCAUUAGUGAUGCUCCUUGAAGCAUGGAUGAAAAAUAGUUUCUUGCUGCAGGUGAUUCGAUCGUCACUGUUUUUGCUCCAAGGAAAUUGGUUCUUGCAAAUCGCGCAUUCUCUACAUGGGUCUCGUCCAUGGAAAAACACCAAAACCAAUCGAGAGUUCGUUAGCAUAGUCUUCGCUUGGCACAUUAUUGGUGUACUAUUGUUGAUCAUGCUUGGGUUUGUUGCCAUCUCCAUUAAAUCUCGUGGCUGUCACUGCCGACCUACGAGGAAUUCUCCAAGUCUGGAGGAAAUUGAAGUGCAUCGCAUCUGCGACGUUGAUUUCGCAGAGAGAAGAAGCUUGAUGGAUGAACAAGAAUAAUGAACAGGUCACGAGAUAUUGAUUUAUGCAUAUAACUACCUAUAUAAAUUUAAAAGUGGCAUAACUUUUUACGAAUAAAACAAAAACAAAAAAGAUAGAUACAUAUUAAAUUUGUAAUGUAAAUUCAUAACUUGACAAUUUGAGAAAACUUUGAGACAUAUACAGACUUGGUCAGUCGCGCGCGCAUUCCUUGAGACUCCGACACAUUUUGGAAUUAACCAAGAGUUGAGACUAAGUGGCCCUUGGAGUUCUUUAUUUCGUUGAGAACACCUCCUAUCAUUAAUCUGUUAAUAGUCUUUGAUUAUUGCACCUAGCUUGUACAAUCAUUUAUUUUAUUUUUCUUAUUAAAAGUUUUCAUUUA